UUCUCUUAAGGUUAUUGUAUCGAGUAUUAAUACAAGUGAAUAGUACUUUAUGGGAGCUCUGAUUUUAGACUAGGUUAAAUCUAUAUAUUAAAUGAAAAAUUUGUGGACCCUGGGCCCAGUUCUCUUGAUUCCCUUGCUGAGACCUUUUUCCUCCUAAAUAUUCAAGCAAACAACCUCUCUAUUUUAAGUAGGCAUGGUCCUGGGUUAUGUGAAUCCAUUUGUCCACGAGUGGAAGACUCAAACAGUGAUCACUCCACAGUAAUAUACCAUUUUACAUCUCUCAGCUCACAGGACUUGGUCUUCUUGGUGUGGGGAUUUGGGCACGUGUACAGUUCAGUGAUUACAUGAAGUUAUCAAGCCAUGAUUACUCCACAGCCUGCUAUGUUCUGAUAGGUGCUGGAGUUGUUGUCAUAAUCAUUGGUUUCAUUGGUUGCUGUGGAGCUCUAAAAGAACAUUCAUGCAUGCUGAAAACAUUUGCAGUGAUUCUUGGCUUUCUCUUCCUGGUUGAGCUUGGGGGUUCCAUCACUGGUUAUGUUUUCAGACACAAGAUUAAGAGUGGGUUUAGUGAGGGUCUGAAUAAUGCUCUGAAUGACUACAGACAGGAUGGUUUUAAACAGGCUUGGGAUGGACUACAGUCAACACUUGAAUGUUGUGGAAGUAAGAACUAUACAGACUGGUUUUACAAGGAAUGGACUACAGAUGAAUUGGGGAAUAAUUCAGUGCCACAAUCUUGCUGUGUUAAAAGUGAAGCUAACUGUAACAUUAAUGUCACAGAACAUCCUAACACAAUCUAUGCAAAGGGCUGUUAUGAUGCUGCCGUCACUUUCUUUGAAGACAAAUUAUUAAUCAUUGGAGGUGUGGCUUUGGGCAUUGCAGUAUUUCAGCUUAUUGGUGUAGCAUUUUCUUGUUGUUUGGCAAGCAGUCUCCAACAUUCAAGUAAAUAUGAACUAGUUUAGAGGCAGCACAUGACAUGGUCAACAAGCUACCUUCAUAUUUUAUGCCGACUGGCAAAUGGACUGCACUGCACAACUUCUGCUUCUUUGUGAUUUACCACAUGCCAUUGUUGGAUCACUGUGUAAUGAAUCAUACCUCUCUGACAGAUUUUAAACUUCCUGUCAAGUAACUCUGAAAGAAAUGUUGUAAUUAUACUUCUGAAUUUAAUAAUGAACUAGAAAUUUCCUCUAUAAUUAUUGUUUAUUAAUAUGUCAGCAUGCCUGUUCCAUUUGUGACACUAUAAUAAUUAUUUUUCUUUCAGUUAUGUUGAAUGGUAUGUGGUGAGACCUUUUUGUAUGACCAAAACCAAUUGAAAUAACUUUGUAAAGCAUGCUCAGUAUAUUAUAAAACUUAAUUACAUGAAAUCUUUUAGUAUUUUGUGUGCUCCGUUACAAUGGUUCAUGUAAGUGACAUAUUGACAACUGCAGAGUCAUUGAGGGUUCAGUUGCAUGCCUUAUCCUUAGUUUGUUCUUGGUAAUAAGAUUUCUGACAUUAUGUCUUCAUAAUUAUUUUAUCUUUGUAAUAUUCCCAGCACAAAAUUUAAAUAAAUGGUUUAUACCAUAAUUAUUUGCUUUAGUGCCAUAUCCUUUUAAUACAUGUAACUCAAAAGUGCACCUCAAUUAAUUCCCCCUGUGCAAAGGUGUUUUAAUUUGUAAUAAGUACCACCUGUUCCUGAUUGAUUUAAAGCUCUAAACUAGGAAAAGGCACUAAUAAUGUUUAUAGGUCAGGGAAGGGAAGUGCUUAUAACAGAAAUUUAGUUACAUUAAAGAUUUAAGACACGAGAGAUCAUUCCAGUUAUGUGCAGGACUUAAUCAGUUGGGAAAAUAAAGCCUAAAAAAUCACUUUUGAUUGGGAUCCCAUAGAUUUAUCAAGUGUCAUGGCUGUUUAAUGGAAUUUUCAUGUUAUCUGUAAAAGAUCUCUUCUGAAUAGAAACAAAAGAAAAUUAAAACCCAUUAAUCAAAUUCAUGGCAGUACAGUUUCAAACUGUUGAACUACAGAAAUACAAAAUGGAAAGUUGUCUUUAAACCUAUUUAGCCAAUACAGACAGCCUGGAAAAUUUCCAUAUGAAUACAUUUCACCAGUUUUUAGCCCAAGCUGUUUCAGCCAAAAUUGCUUUUAAAGUUCCAGAAAGAACCAAUAGUAAAUUAAUAAUGGCAUUACUAUAAUUUUGCUUUUAUCAUACUAUAACAAAAUUCUUACCAGGUAGCCAGACAGUCAGUCAAUCAACUUUAUUAAUCAAAGGUAAAAGGAUCUCGAUCAGGAUCUCAAUUGCGGCUGCACCACUCAUAAUCACAGCUUUGCUACAAAACAAAACCCUCUGGCACCCAGGGUAAAGGUACCCCCACAACUUGACCAUUUUGCAAGCUUUCAUCUUUCAUCACCUCCAAGCAGAUCACACAAACAUAUUUCAAUUUCAAUUCAAAAACGUUUCAUGAAAAAACUUGCUUUUAGAGAAAGUUAUGAGGAGAAAAUAAUUCUUUGCAUAAAUUAUUUCUGAUCAAUAGCUGUCAACAGUUUGUCAACAUUAAUAAAUGCUGCAUUAAAAGGUA